CUUCAACCUCAGACUUGAAGUUUCCAGCCAUGUUGUCGUCUGCUCCCAGUCGAUUGGUUGUGAUUGCCCUUUCUCAGGGUGCUGCUCAAGUGCUGUUGAUUUUCCGAUAAGAACACUAGUCCUGAUCUUUACAAACCUCCUUGGCCGCAUUCGUUGUUGCUGUGUAAAAGUAGGCGCAACGUGAGCCUUCUCGGGUCGGGUAAUCCAGCAUCAUGUUGCGCUGACUUGGGGAACAUCAAACUCGAUGGUCAGGUACCAGGUGGCCCAUCCCGUAAUGUCGCAUAACCAGGCUGUCCAGAAGUAGGAAGCGAUCAUGAAACCAAACAGAAGGGACCUGUGAGGGGGCAAGAAGGAAGAGGCAACCACAGAGAUCAGCCACGGCCUGGCGGGGACUGUGCACAGCUUUCUUGGCGUGGAGGUGGCUGGAGCGCAAGUAGGAUGGUGGGUCCAUCAACAACGACAUCACAUCACAACGUCUUCAAUGCCCGUCCCAAAUCGACAGUCAGACCAAGUUUGAGCCGCCAUUCCGACCACCGCCGCAACCCUCGCAGAGGUUGCAGACACCUCGAGAUGGUGCUCCUGACAUGUUUCUUGGAGACUCUUUGUCUUUUUAACCCCUCCUGACUGACCAGCAUGGUUGGUUCAACGGUCAACCUUGCGAGUGUCUGCCCAGUGCUAGCAAACAGCCAGGCACACAUACUCCAGCUUCUCUGAGCGACACACAACCCAGCCCGACCCAACGCUUCUCUGCAGACUCGACCUGUAGGACACCGCGGGAGAUUUCAUGCCGUGGUGUCUCUGGAAUGUCUUGAGCAGUCCCUGCUGUUCUCUCGCCAGUCCAGCACAGGCAGACAGGCUUCCCCUUUUCCCCUCCCAAGAGGUAGAUGCCCGGAACUUGCCGUUCAAUGAUCGGUCAGCUGCCGGACAGCUGGCAGCUGGUGGUAGUCACUGGAACAAACUUUGCACAAAGAGCUGGUGUGCACAAAACAGAAGGCUGGAGGGGCGGGUCAGGUGCACAAGGCUCGCUUAUUACCUUAAGUACCUUGGUAGCUGUAGUUUGCGGGAGCUUCUGCUGAACACUGCCAGCUACAGCACCUGGGGUAGCAAACAAACCAGCAACACAUCAGAAGCAUCAUCAGCGACGGCCGGGGGAGCUUUUGAUUUUUCGACUCGUCAACAACACCCGUCGCGAGAAAAACACCCGACAACAAAUCCAUCCACCAACUCCACGAUCUUGUUGUUCCCAUUCCUGUCCUGUUCUUCGAUUACACAGCUCCCAUCAAUCAAAGCGCUACCGCCUAUUUUUUUGCCCACCCAUCUGCACCGCACACCACACACCCCGCGCCUCGCAGCACAUCACAACACUUCAUCAUCACCAUGGCUGGCGGAAAAGGAAAGUCCUCGGGCGGCAAGAGCUCUGGUGGCAAGACAUCCGGUAUUGAGGGUUCCAAGAAGCAGCAGAGCCAUUCUCAACGCGCCGGUCUGCAGUUUCCCUGCGGCCGUGUGAAGCGCUUCUUGAAGCAAAACACCCAAAAUAAGAUGCGCGUCGGCGCCAAGGCUGCUGUCUACGUUACUGCCGUACUGGAAUACUUGACUGCCGAAGUUCUCGAGCUUGCUGGAAACGCUGCCAAGGAUCUCAAGGUCAAGCGUAUCACUCCCCGCCAUCUCCAGCUCGCGAUCCGUGGUGACGAAGAGCUCGAUACCCUGAUUCGUGCCACCAUCGCCUUCGGUGGUGUUCUCCCACACAUCAACCGCGCCCUUCUGCUCAAGGUGGAGCAGAAGAAGAAGGCCAAGGCCGCCGAGGCAUAAAAACAAGUCCCUCUCGGACCCGGCAAAUUUUCUUUUGGGCACUCUAUUUGCAAAACAAGUGCAACAUACGUUUAACUGAUGAACCGGCCGUUGUAGCAGCACGUGCGAUGAUAGGGUGGUGUCAAUUUUGAGGGAUGCGGGUUUAAUUUGUUUGCUGCACCGGGAUACUGAUAUCUGGUGGAUUUUUAUUUUCCUUUAAUGUCGGAAGCCUGCGGACACUAGCGACCGAGGUAGAGGGCUGGCUGCCAGCAGACUGUGCAAUACAGGCAGGUCUCCCAGUGGUCUUUCCACGACACACAAGCCAACCUCGUUUGUCAUCAUUAUCUGGGAACAGUGAUGAGCCCUGACCCAUGACAGGACGGGUGGGAAGGGAGAGGGAAAUGCCAGUGGGAAACGGUGCUGAUCCUUUGGUCCUGCAUACACACAUGCGCGCGCGCGCUUGGGCAACACCUCGAUAUGCUACAACAAUACAGAGCAGGAUAAUGGUGAGGAGAGGUUAUCUUAGGUAGCGAAGCCAGGACCCUGGGGUCCACGUGGUGCCAGAUGGAUGCUUUUACUACGCCCCUGUCAGUAUUUCAUUUGUCACUGCUAUGUGAAUGUCUGUUAUUGGUCAAAAUUUCUUUGCUCAUGUGUCUUUAUGCUAGGGUUGACGACGUCUGGAGGGUAAUAUAUAGGUAAUUUGUACCAUUUAGCAUCAUGGCAUUGUACCCUGCUCCCGUUAGCCGUCUCGGCUGGUCUAGAUCGCCACUUACUUCGCCUGUCUUGAGCUGGAUGCUUUCAGAACAAUGUCAUUACCGUAUCGGUGUCUUUCUUCUCGGGCUCGGGACCCGGAUCAACAGCUUCCCACCUGUAACCAUUUUCGUUGUCUCGUCAACGUUACCCUUCCCUGUUCAUAAGCCUCAAAGAUCAUAUGCCGGCACUCGGAAGGGUAGUCGCAGUGCAAGAAGCAGUCGUGCUUCUUGUUGACGUACAGGCGUUCUUUGGCCAGGACGACCCUUUGCCUGUGACUAGAUGUCUUGAUGGGGAACCACUGUACCUUUUCCAUUUCAGCG